GGAUAUAUCACUGCUCAUUCAAGGACUGGCUGUCCUGGUACUCAAAGAAUAGUAGUCACUUUUGCUGUGGUAACUGGUUCUUGGAUGUACAUUCAGUACGGACCUCUUAGUUCAUCCCCUGCUUUCAGAGUCCUUUUCUGACAUAGACAUCAAGUUAAAGGAGGGUUGACUGUUCCACAGGGAGCAUAAGCAGAGGAGACAAUCUUAUAAAAAGUUCUGGACCCCUGUGAAGGGAGUGGGAGCCCCAUUGACUGACAGCCCCAACUUUUCCACCAUCUUGCUGCACCGGCACCAUGGUGCGCAUGAAUGUUCUAGCCGAUGCUCUCAAAAGCAUCAACAAUGCAGAGAAACGCGGGAAACGCCAAGUUCUCAUUAGGCCAUGCUCCAAAGUAAUCGUCCAGUUUCUAACUGCAAUGAUGAAGCAUGGUUACAUUGGUGAAUUUGAGAUAAUUGAUGAUCACAGAGCUGGGAAGAUUGUUGUCAGUCUCACAGGCAGACUCAACAAUGGGUAAAUCAGUCCCAGACUUGAUGUUCAGCUGAAGGAUUUGGAAAAGUGGCAGAACAACCUGCUGCCUUCACGUCAGUUUGGGUACAUUGUACGGACAACCUCAGCUGGCAUCAUGGACCAUGAGGCAGCUAGGCGAAAACGCACAGGAGGCAAAAUCCUGGGAUUCUUUUUCUAGAACUUGUAAAAAAAGAGGUAACUUUUUUUAACUUUUUUUACCCCACCUGGAGU